AUGAUGACCGCCAAGGCCGUAGACAAAAUCCCGGUCAGCCUCGGCGGGUUUGUGCACCAGAUCCCUGAGAGCCUUUACGCCGCGGAGGACAUCGCGGCCUCGCUGCCAACUUCCGUGACCAUCUUUCCCAACGGGGAUCUGGGAGGACCGUUUGACCAGCUGAGCGGCGCCGCAGGAGAUGGCCUGAUCGGCGUGGAGAUGAGCGACAAGCGGCCCCUGGAGCUGCCCUACGCCUGCAGCAGCAGCAGCAGCCCCUUCGCCCCGCCGCCGCCGCGCGGCCAGCCCUUCACCUACAUGGGCAAGUUCUCCAUCGACCCGCAGUACCCCGGCGCCGGCUGCUACCCGCCCGACGGCCUCCUCAACUUGGUCAGCGCCAGCAUCCUCCAGGGGGUGGCCGCCCCCGCCUCCUCCUCCGCCGCCUCGUCGUCGUCUUCGGCCGCCGCCUCCUCGGCCGCCUCGUCGGGCUCCCCCAACCCGCUGGGCUGCGCCAUGGCGCCCUCCGCCAGCGAGAUGGAGCACCUCUACUCCCCGCCGCCCCCGCCCUACGCGGCCUGCGGGGAGCUCUACCACCCCCGCCUGGCCCCCGGCGCCUACGGCAGCCCGGCCCACCUGCCCCUGCGGCCCAUCCUCCGGCCGCGCAAGUACCCCAACCGGCCCAGCAAGACGCCGGUCCACGAGCGGCCCUACCCGUGCCCGGCCGAGGCCUGCGACCGCCGCUUCUCCCGCUCCGACGAGCUGACGCGCCACAUCCGCAUCCACACGGGCCACAAGCCCUUCCAGUGCCGCAUCUGCAUGCGCAACUUCAGCCGCAGCGACCACCUCACCACCCACAUCCGCACGCACACCGGCGAGAAGCCCUUCGCCUGCGACUUCUGCGGCAGGAAGUUCGCCCGCUCCGACGAGCGGAAGCGCCACACCAAGAUCCACCUGCGCCAGAAGGAGCGCAAGGCCGCCGGGGGCCCCCCAGCCGCCGCCGGCCCGGCUGGAUCCUCGGCCGGAGGCGCGCCCCCGCCUGGCCCGCACUGCUCCGGCACCGCCUGCUCCUCCCGGACGCGGACGCCUUGA